AUGUUAGUAAAAAAAAUUACAACUACAAACGUAAAGGCUGUUAAUAAGCUGCAUCAACAUUGGUCUACAAUGUUAAGUAUAGCUAGAGAUACAUUAAUAGAAGAGCAAGAAAAGCAAAAAACAUAUGCUGACAAAAAGAGAUAUUUUUGUGAGCUAAAAGAGGGAGAAAUGCGUGAUUUGUGCAAUAAUCAUGAUGAUCGUAGCAAAUGUGAUCUGUGUAAUGAUCAUGAUGAUCAUAAUGAACGUGAUUCAUGUAAUGAUCAUAACGAUCAUAAGUAUAAUGAUCAUUAUGAUCGUGAUAGUUGUGAAUCAUAA